UCCUUCAAACGCAUGGCAGCUGUCCGGUUGGUGCGAUAUUUCAAUUGGGAAUGGGCCGGCGCCCGAAUCACGAUGUUUCAAGUACAUUGAAUGGGAGUGAGCCGUACCAAAUUUCCGUUGCCCCAAACACUGGCUGCCGCAUUUAUCAUUCGAUGCAAUUUGUUUCUGAUCGCCAGACCCAGGAAAAUCAUCUGUAAGGACCCGAGGGCUUGGCCCUCAUCAUCUAAACCAUGAACGAAAUACAUCACCCCGCAGCUGGGUCCACGAAUCUCCAAUCUAUGUGACUUCAAGUGGGUCAACAUAGGUCCUUGGUCUACUCAUAAAGCUUCUCUCUUCCACUUCUCAACUUUUCUCUCAAGCAUCAGUCACUCUUUACAUUUCUUUCUAUACGCUCAUUCGUUGCGCCAUGCGCUUUUCAACUUCUAUCCUGGUCGCUGCUGGAGCAGCGGCAGUCCUUGCAGCUCCCAUCAGAGAAGAAGCAUUUGAUCCUUAUGAUGAGUGCGAUAAUGAGGAUUUCACCAGUCACUCCGAAGCACCCCAUACCUUCACACAUGGAACACAUUCUCAUACUACAGCCGUGCCUCUUACAACCUCCGCCUCCAUUUCAGCAAGCAGUAUCGUCAUUGCUACUAGUCUUCCUACCAUUGAAAGCUCGAGCAGUCCUGUUUCCAUAGUUGAAGCUUCAAGCAGUACUAUUGUCUCAGUCCCCGUCCAGACCUCAGCAAGCAGUGUUGCCGCUAUUGUGGCAUCAUCAACUCCAGUCAGCUCAAGCUCGGCAGAAGGUGUUGUUGCCUCCUCAUCAAGCGCCAUCGCAGACACCAGCUCGGCCUCAGUAUCAUCCAGCGCAUCCUCAUCCGCCAGUACUGGAGCUCUCGAAUUCCUUGGUGUGAACGAAUCCGGAGCAGAGUUUGGAAGCACAGACAUCCCAGGAACACUGGGCACAGACUACACCUGGCCCAAUACCUCUGCCAUCCAAAUCCUUAUGGAUAAGGGAAUGAACAUCUUCCGCAUUCCUUUCCUCAUGGAACGUCUUGCCCAAGGAACCAUGACUGCAUCCCUCGACGCCACCUACCUCGCAGCCUUGAAGACGACCGUUGAAUUCAUCACUACUGCCGGUGGACACGCCAUUGUUGAUCCUCAUAACUUCGGACGAUACGACGGCACGAUCUUCACUUCUACCUCCGACUUCCAGACUUUCUGGACCAACGUCGCUACUGAGUUUGCAACCAACGACAAUGUGAUCUUCGACUGCAAUAACGAGUUUCACGACGAACCUUCCAAUACCGUCGUUGCGGAUCUGAACCAAGCCUGUAUCGAUGGUGUCCGAGCAGCUGGUGCCACCACUCAGUAUAUCUUCGUCGAAGGCACUUCCUACACAGGUGCCUGGACUUGGGUAUCAUCCGGUAACAGCGUAGCAAUGGCGAACCUCACCGACCCCUCUGACAAGAUCGUGUAUGAAAUGCAUCAAUACCUAGACUCAGACGGAUCUGGCACAUCCGCCACCUGUGUCUCUACCACUAUCGGCGCUGAACGUAUCGCUGCCGCCACUAGCUGGCUCCAAGAGAACGGCAAGAAGGGUAUCAUUGGAGAAUUCGCUGGAGGAGCGAACUCGGAUUGUGAGACAGCUGUCACCGGAAUGCUGGAUGCAUUGGCAGCCGCUUCUGAUGUCUGGAUGGGUGCUCUGUGGUGGGGAGGUGGACCAUGGUGGGGAGACUACAUUUACUCUAUGGAGCCGCCCAGUGGGACAGCUUAUGUACCAUAUAUCGAUAUUCUCACCAAGUAUAUCUAAAGAGGAGGUGGAAGAAACGUGGAGUGGAAGAGAGAAAGUCAACAUCUGGAUUGUUGACUGUUGGAUUCUUGUACAUAACUUUACUUUCUCGGAACAACAAAUUUCCGGUGCACCAAAAGCACACGUUCAUCA